AUGCCCAUGACCGACGAAACAGACCACAGCGGCGGGGUUAUCUUGGAUGGACCUUUUGAUCCAGAUGCCCAAGCCACUGUGACUGAUUACAUUGACUAUACCGAAUACCUCCCCGCCGACAUCAUCCGUUCCCUCACUCUCAUUCGCGGCUUGGAUGAUCGCUAUCUCAAAUCGGCGCAAUCCGUACACGACCUCAGCAAGAGCUACGGUCACCUUCCUGAUGUCGCGUCUGACGAGCGUCCUAGCGCCAUUGAAAUGCGCAAGAAUAUAUCUUUACAACUCGACCGUGCCAUCAAUGCUCGCGAAUCCUCCUAUGCUGAAUCUUGCCGCCUUUACGAUGUCGUUGAUCGCCACUUCGACCGCUUGAGCUGUAUCCAACCGACUCCUCCUCCAGAGCCUACACCCAAACGUUCCCGCAAGAAGGAAACCGCGUCCACAACACGAAUCACUCUCCGGUUGGACAAUCGCAAGCGCAGUAGCAAUCAAAAGUCAAGAUCGCGCCGCCCAGGACUUACAGCGGAACAUUUAGCCAACUUCAACCCGGAUUCCCCCAUCGAUAGUACCGAACAUUCCGAUGCUGAUGCUGAACCACAACCUCCACGCAAGGCCGCCAAACCACCGAAGAAGGAGAGGGAGAAGGUACGACGACCGAGUUCCGGCAAUGGAUUUUCCACAAGCAAUGCUCUCGCGCUUCUCAAACCACCCCCAGCAGAUGCAAAGGUUGGCAGUCAGGAUUUGCCAUGGCUGCGACUGACGGAAUGGGAGAUGACCAAAUUGAGGAAGAAGAUGAAGAAGAACGCCGUGUGGCAGCCCAGCGAGGUUAUGAUACACCGCGAGCUUGCCCUUUCUGGCCGUGGCUGGGAAGCCUAUCGCGUUGCUAAGACCGCCGCGAUUGAGGCCGGGUCUGAAUUCAUUGACUGUGAUAACCUGGAGGAAACUCGUCAUGAGGAAAUGGUGAAGGAUGCCGAGGAGACAAAGCUCAGCAACCGUGGUAUGAAGCUGAACGAAGCCAAGAAAUUGAAGCGUGAGAUGAUGGCACGAGAGGCCUUGCUCAAUGGAGAGACGCCAACCAAGCCUAUCCCCAGCCCCGUUCAAGCGACCCCAGCAAGUCGGUCCUCGCGGAAAAGAAAGCGAGACGAGAUUGCGGCUGGAGAGGCCAUUGAAGACCGAGUGGAGGCAGAAGAAGAAGUCACUAUAGAUCCAACUCCCGUGCUUUUACCGGUGAAGGUAUCGUCAAAGUCUAGCUCGUCACGCCGCCGAUCCAGUCGGGGAGCCGCUACCGGUGGAUCGGCAGAUGGAACUAGUGCUCCCAUCGCCCCGAUUUCGACCCGAGAAUCCCCCGCGGUUGAAGAAAAGGCAUCUCCACCUCCUCCGCCAUCCCCAACUGGUUCACGACGAUCAAUACGGUCGAUUGUACAGCCUGCUGGUACGCCAACUCCUUCCGUUACACGACCCUCGUCGAGACGAUCUGCCGCCGCUUCAAUCGAAUUUGGAGCUCUGGGGGGAAUAUCUGCCAGUGCUACAGUCGGCGGGCGAGAUUUCCGCAUUAAGAGUGCUACCCCGGCCCGAAAAACACCUGUUCGAGAGCCGUCUCACGCGCCAAGUGUUCCUGCUCCAGUCCGACGGCGCAAGCGGCCCGCUCCAGGCCCUGUUUCCACCGGUCAAGAUGGUGGUGCGGCCGUUAGUUACGGUCGUCGCAAGGCCAAGCCAGGCAAGAAACGUAUCAGUACUGGAAAAUCCCAGGAAACCCGUGUCGAUGAAGAUGGAGUUCUAGAGGAGAUAGAUUCCAAUGAGCCGCGUUAUUGUCUAUGCGGCGACGUGAGCUUCGGUACUAUGAUUUGUUGUGAGAACCAAGAUUGUGAUCGCGAAUGGUUCCACCUCGACUGUGUCGGCCUUUCAGAGGUUCCCUCUCGUACCGCGAAAUGGUACUGCCCUGAGUGCCGGGUGAGAUUCCACAAAGGCCCGGAUGGCAUCGUCAAAGGCGGAAGGCGAUGA